AUGAGUGAUGGAAUUACUCCAUCAGAAAUUGAUAAAUUAUUAACUCAAAUCACUACAUACAAAAAUCCUUUCAAUGUUAUUGGUGUUUUACCUGAAGAUGAUAAUGAUACUAUUCACAAGAAAUAUCGUAAAAUAUCAUUAAAAUGCCAUCCAGACAGGUGUCAUCAUCCUUUAUCAAACGCAGCUAUUUCUUGUUUGUCUAAAGCAAUUAAAGCAAUAGAAGAUGAAGAUCAAAGAAAGAAAUAUACAGACUUCAUGGAACAAGCUAGAAUUCAGUUAAUGACGGAAUUAAAAAACAAAGGAGAAUUAUCAAAAACAAAUAUAAAUUCGGAUGAAUAUCGACAAUUAUUAUGUGAACGUUGUGAAAAAAUAAUGACAGAAACUGAAAUAAAGUUAGAAAAGGCAGAAAAGAUUAGACAAGCUAAUUUAAAGAGAGAAAAAGAAGAAUUACAACACCAAGAAGAAAUUCAAAAAUUACAAAAGCAACAAGAAGAAGAUUGGGAAAAGUCUAGACAACAAAGAUUUAAUAAUUGGAGGUCUUUUAUGUCUAAAAAGAAUAAAACAUUAAAUAGUAAUGAGCACAAACCAAUAAAACCACCUAAAGCUACAUUAAUGAAUUAA